UACUCAUAAACGUUGUGUUCGUUCGAGGAUAAUCCUCCGCCGCAGUCGGUGACGCGAUUUGAUACGCCUAUAUAUUAUGGUAUAAUACGAUGUAACCUUUUAAAACUUAUUCCGCUUUUUUUUUUCUUUUUGCGCAGAUGAACCAACAGUGCAAAGUUUGCGGAGAGCCAGCCGCCGGUUUCCAUUUCGGAGCUUUCACAUGCGAAGGCUGCAAAUCGUUUUUCGGACGGACUUACAACAACCUGAGCUCGAUAUCCGAAUGCAAGAACAACGGCGAGUGUGUGAUCAACAAAAAGAACCGGACGUCGUGCAAAGCGUGCCGGCUGCGCAAAUGCUUGCUGGUGGGCAUGUCUAAGAGCGGGUCCAGGUACGGACGGCGGUCCAACUGGUUCAAGAUCCACUGUCUGCUGCAAGACCAGAACGCCGCGGCCGCGGCCGCGGCCGUCGGGCACCACCCGCAGCAGCAACAGCAACACCAUAACGGCAGCAGCCGGUCGUCGCCGCACCACCAGCAGCAGCACCACCAUCAGCCGCCUCCACCUUCGCUAGCCGCGUUCGGCAGCGGCUCGCCCCUGUACCCCGCCGGCCUGGUGCACCCCGGCCACCAUUUCCUGACCACCGACAAGUUCCUGCAGGCCCGGCUCAACGGUUACGGGGCCGCCGCGGCCCUGAUGACGGCCGCGGUCCAGGACGACGCGUCCUGCCGGCGACGCGCCGCCGACGCCAUGAUCGGCGCGCACCAUCACCCCCGGAACAACCGUCACCACAGCCAACACCACAAUCACCAACAACACCACCACCACAACAACAACAACAACAACAACAUCAACAACAACGGACCGGACCACCGGCGGCAUCGCCGUUACGACGAAGAAGACGACGAUGAUUGCGGCGGCGUCGGUGAAAUGGACGAUGACGACGACGACAACAACAACGGGGACGAGCGCGACCGCUCGCCCAAGGGCGGACGCCGGCGCCGACGGCGCUUGUCCGCUUCCGACGACUCGGGCGGCUCGUCCAUGCCCGACGACGAGGACAACAGCGGCCGUCAUCGCAACAAGAUGGCCAGCCCCGUGCUCCGGCACCACAGCCCGCCGUACACCGCGGGCGGCACCAGGUUGUCCUCAUCGCCGGCGUCGUCCAUCGGCUCGGCGGACGCCAAGCGCGUCCGGCUAUCGGCCAGCCCGUCGUCGGCCACCGUUGGCUCGUCGCCGCCCAUCUCCGGUUUCCACUCGCCCUACUACCCGCUGUCCGUCACCCGGCCUGGCCUCACCCCGUUCGGCGGCGGCGGUCCCGGCCUCGCGCUCACCAUGGCCGCCGCCGGUUGGCACGCGGCCGUCACGGCCGGCCGCACGGCCGCUGGUGGAGAUCUGCUGCUGUCCAGUCCGGCGCCCGGCGGCAUAGCCGUCGAACAGGAGUAUCCCAUCGACCUGUCGCUGAAGACCACCGCGGCCAAGUUCAACCGAUCGCCACCGCCCGCCGCGCCACAGUCGGCCGGUGGCCGGCAUUCCGCCAGCUCGGACGAUCACGAGUCCGCGGCCACGGCCACCGCGCUGCCGCCCUCGCCGCUGGACCUGACCAAGCGGACGGUCGAAGUGUCGUUCGACUGACCACCGUCGCGUGGAACUAUAAUAUUGUCUAGUACGUGGUAUUACGCACGUAACGGUCAAGCGGUGUCUUAGGUAUUUUUUUUUUUUUUUUUUUGACUUCGUCCUAGUCAUUGUAGAAAAAAAUGAAAAAAAAAAAAAA